AUGGCAGCUGAAGUGGAGGGAGUCACAGUGCGUAUGAUGUCAGGCGAGGUUUGGACGUUCCCCAAAGUGGGCAACCUCAGGGAUCUCCAAGCUGGCAUUGCCGAAAGAGCCAACACUUCUGCGGAGUUUCUUCAACUGGUGCAAGGACAGCAUAUGCUUCAGGAACCGAUUGACGCCAAUAGUUUAUCGGGCGUUGAGCUUUCCUGCAUCAUAAGCCCUAGCACCCCAACAAUCAUCAAGGUGCUAAGCCAACAUUCCUACCACUUCAGAGGGUUAAACGAACAUGCCGCCAGAAAUCCAAAAGGAUUGAUUGGAUGCAACUUGCUACAUGCAGCUGUUGUCAUUGGACGGCUGGACAUGGUCCGCUUCUUGCUUGAAGAAGAGGAUUUCCGGGGUAUCAACGGCAUAUUGGUCCGCACUGGACACAAUGCAAUUCAUUUGGCAGCUCGAGAGGGACAUGCAGACAUUUGCCAGGGACUGCUGUCCUCCGAGCGCUUCUCCGGGGCGAAUGACUGCAUAAGUGAGGGAACAGCCCUUCACAUAGCUGCACGGCAUGGCCACCUCCAGGUUCUGCGGGUUUUGCUGGACUCAGAGCGCUUCACCGCAGUGAAUGAGACAAUACAGGGUCCACCAGGGUCUCAGAGGACUGGACAAACUGCCUUGCAUGUGGCUGCUGAACAUGGCCAAGAGGAGGCAGCUCAAAUGCUCUUGGACCACACCCGCUUUACAAAGGUUGGCGCGCUGACAAAGGGCUACAGUGAUGCCAGUGCUGUGGCAGAUGCCUUUGGUCAUUCUGGGCUGGCCAGAGCGAUCCGAGAUCAUUCCAAAGUCCUUGAGUUUCGACGUCUUCCGACCAGCUCUCGCGGUUAUGGCGGCUUCAUGCGCAGAUCCGCAUGUGGCCCGGCUUUCGAGAAGAACGAGAAGUCUAAGCAUGUCAUCACUCAGGACUCUUGGCGCCUGGUGAAGAUUGAGCCGGAAGUGCAGGAUAUCGCAGACCAUUUCGGAUUGGAUGAGCGCAUUACUGGGAAGCUGCAGGAGGCCCUGAACACACGGCCAGAUCCUGGCACUGACCUUGAGGUGAUGUGGGAAAUCCUGGACGAAGCCAGGAAUCCGCCAGGUCUUACCAUGAUCAAGGUGAAAGAGAUGCUGGAGGGAACCUUCCGGAUGGGUGAGCAGAAGGAUGCCGGCGUGCAAUCGCUAGCAGAGAAGUUCAAACUGGAUGAGCGAGCAGCCUACAAGCUUAGCGAGGUGCUGUCGACAAAGCCCAAUAAGAAAGAUGUUCUCAAAGCUUUGGAUGUACACUUGGCAGCCUCCAACAAUCCUUCCGCGUUGGUCAUGUUGAAGCUGGCUGAUUUGAGGAGGGAUGUGCCGCUGGGAGAGGUUCCCUAUGGAACAAAGGGGUACAGAGACCGGCCCUACUUGGGGAACUAUGACCGGGAUGGUCGCCGCAUUGGCAGGGGUGAGGACAGGACACAGCAGCAGGCGGCUGGGGAGGGACCUCCUGCGCGUGGUGAGCGCGACAAGAAUGACAGGCCUCAGGGUGGUGACCGCCGGGAAGAGCGGCGAGACCGGGGCGACCGGGGUGACCGGGGUGACCGAGACCGUCAUGAGCGGGAUCGCGACCGUGGAGACCGCGGGGAGCGAGGAGACCGACAGGAACGCCGAAGAAGCCGCAGCCGCAGGAGGAGAAGCCGAAGUCGUGGAGCCAAAGUAGCUGCAUGA